AUGGAACCUUCAAACAACCUAUUCGAAGCUGAAGUUGAAUCCGAAAUCACCACCCCUUGUUCACGCCUGAUCACUAAUCCCACACUUCGCAUUGAGCCACCCAUGACCCUCGACCUAACCCUCGGCUUCACCAACACCACAGUAAAGCUUUUCUCGUGUAAUUACUGUAAACGCAAAUUCUACAGCUCACAGGCAUUGGGAGGGCAUCAGAACGCACACAAAGAAGAGAGGAGGAUGGAAAAGAGAGCCAUGACGUUGAAAAUGUUAUCGGAAAGAUAUGAAAGCCUGGCAUGUCUGCCUCUUCAUGGAUCAUCGUUACCUCUUCAUGGAUCUGCGUCUCAGUUACAUCAAGCGGUUCAAGCCAUUAGAUGUCAAGAAAUCUUUGACCACAGCUAUCUUGGGAUCCCCGUAUACAUGGAGGUGGAUGAAGCUAAACGGGUUUGGUAUGAUAGCUUCCGGAAUAUCAUUGAUGAUGGUUGUUCAUCGGCUACACCCGAUCUUACUUUGAAGCUUUGA